UCAACAUGCCAUUUCUCGCUUCUGACAUCAUAAUCUAAUAUGGCCUAAAGUUCCUAUAAUAAGAGUUAGGACACCGUUAUAGCUUUGUCUUAAGGCCAUUGCACGUAAUAAAGAUUUAGUUUUAAUCAUAAGGCCGUAAGAAAAUAGACCAAUCACACUCGAUUAUUUUUCAAGCGCGAGAAGAAUAAUCGCCCGUGAUUCUUACGGCCUUACGAUUACAACUAAAACAUUGUUACGUGCAAUGGCCUUUACUUCCACUAACUUCUUGGCUGAAGCAUAUGGCGACCAUGAUAGCUUUGUCUUACUCCCACUUAUAGCUUAUCUCACUCCCACUAACUUGGCUGAAAUAUAUGGCGAAACCAAUAAAAAAUCGUCACCACAUUGGCUUAACUGUUAUUAUAGGAACUCUAAUAUGGCCGCGGCGUAUACUUAAGAGCCUUAACAUGCAUUACUUAAUAUUAUUUUUAUUUUAGGCAAUUUAGAACGGAAAAAAAUUAUAGAAACCAUUAGGAGGAAAGGAAAUUUCAUACACAAUACAGAUCCUUCUGUAAAUACGGGGGCGUUAGUUGUUUGUCGAAGGCCUGCCAAGAAUAGUCGUAAAACAGUACGAGACUUUACCUGUUGUGCAAAAUGUAAAGGAUGGUUUACUAAAAAUAAUAUUAGGCAUCAUUUUAAACAAUGUGCAAAUGUAUCCAAAGGCAGAAAUGUACAAAUUCUGGGACGUGCUGUAAUGGGAAUAAUCCAUGAAUGCGCAAGUGAGACAGUAAGAAAAGUUUUAUUCCCAGUUUUGAGGGAAGAUGAUGUUACACGAUGUAUUAGAUACGAUAAAUUACUAAUAACAUACGCAAACAAACUAUGUAUCAAGUACAGUCAUCAACAUCAACAAGAUAUGAUACGUGCUCGACUUCGAUUAUUAGGACGGUUUCUUAUCACAUUAAAAGAGAUUAACCCUAACAUAAAAGAGUUUUCGGAUAUAUACGAUCCUACGAUAUAUGAUGACUGUCUUAAAACAGUAAAUAAAGUAGCUGAUUUUGAUUAUGUUAAUAAAAAAUAUGGUGCACCAUCAGUUGCAUCAAAUAUUGGAACAUAUUUAAAACACGUUGGUAACUUAUUCAUAACAAAAUGUAUAAAAACAAAUAAUAUAAUAAAGCAAAGUAGCACAGAAAAUUUUUUAAAAAUAUUAAAUGAAGAUUAUGGGACAUCUAUAAACAAAAUAGUAGAAGAAAAUGUGACACAAUAUAAAAGACAGAAAAAAGUUACACUUCCAUCUAUGGAGGAUAUAAAAAUGCUACACUCAUAUCUGAAGAGUGAAAGAAGAUUAUUAUAUACUAAUCUUAAAAAAAAAAUCACGUACAAAACAUGGCAAGAGCUUGCAAAAGUUACACUUACAUCUAUGCGAGUUUUCAAUAGGAGAAGAGCAGGAGAAAUUGAACGUGUUACUAUAGAAGAUUUUAAUGCUCGCAAAGGCAUAACAAGGGAAACUUGUUUAGAUUUAUAUAAAUCAUUAGGUUCAAAUUUACAACAGGUUGCUGAUAAAUAUGUGAGAUUCUUAAUUCGCGGGAAAUUAGGACGCACAGUGCCUGUAAUUUUAGACACAGAAUUAGUUCAAUGUAUUGAACUAAUUUUGAAGCAUCGAAAAGAUGCGAAUGUUCUUGAAAAGAAUCCCUAUGUGUUCGGCAUACGUAGUAGCAGUAAGCGCAGUUUCAAAUAUUUAAGGGCAUGUGUCCUUAUGCGAUAUUUCUCUCAAAAAUGUGGUGCACAGAUACCACAUGCAUUAAGGGGCACUGAAUUACGCAAGCAUAUUGCUACAACUUGCAUUACGUUGAAUUUAUCUGAAAAUGAAGUGGAUGAUUUGGCGAACUUUAUGGGACACCACGAAAAGAUUCAUAAACGUCAUUAUCGGCAGUCGAUACCAGCAGUGGAGAUCAUCCGCAUGACGAAGUUUCUUGAAGCAGCAUUAGGUGAAAAUGUGUUACAAAAGUCCAAUAGUAAUGAUUCAGACGAAGCAAUACAAGGUGCAAGUAAAGACACGUCCUCGAGUGAAGAAUCAGAAAACGAUGCUGAAACAUUCAUGUGAACCUUCCUCAGAACAAUCAAGAAGAAACUUUCUUGAAACUUCUAUAACAGAUAGUCAACAAAGGUCUGUAAACAGAAAGAAAAUUACGCGUCAAAAUCGUGCAAAUGUGAAUAACGACGAUUCGUAUACAAUUUGUUCUUCAGGAAUGAAGAAACGUCGCAGUAGUAAGUUUAUUUUCAUUUUUAUUAUAUAUUUUAUAUAGUUUUCAUAAAUUUAUCAAAUAACGGUGUAUUUCCUUAAAUAUUAUUUAAUAUCGUUUUCUUAGUUAUGUCUAAACAUAUAGGGUGUCCUGUUUUAAACAAUCCAAUAUCUUGAAAACUGAGCUCGACGAACAAAAAUGUUUCAGAUUAUAUUAUUUCAAAGGGGACAUCUUAUAAUAAGCACGUUUUAUUCCUAAAUGAAAGCACUUCCGAUAUUUCAAAAUGACCUUUUUUAAAUAAAACUUCAUAUUUUUAGGUAUACUAAUUGAUACAAUUUUUCCUUCUCUAC